GGCGGUUGCGGCGGAGGCGGUGAUGUCGGUGCAGGUUGUGUCAGCAGCGGCUGCCGCCAAGGUGCCUGAGGUGGAGUUGAAGGACCUGAGCCCCUCCGAGGCAGAACUGCAACUAGGACUGAGCACGGCGGCUGUAGGCGCCAUGUCUCCCCCGGCUGGCGGCGGGGACCCUGAGGCUCCAGCUCCGGCCGCGGAGCGGCCCCCGGCCCCCGGCCCGGGCUCGGGGCCCGCUGCCGCGCUCAGCCCUGCCGCCGGGAAGGUGCCUCAGGCGUCGGCCAUGAAGCGGAGCGACCCGCAUCACCAGCAUCAGCGGCACCGCGACGGCGGCGAGGCCCUGGUCAGCCCCGACGGCAUCGUCACCGAGGCGCCGCGCACAGUCAAGAAGAUCCAAUUUGCUGACCAGAAGCAAGAAUUCAACAAACGUCCCACCAAAAUUGGACGCCGUUCUCUAUCUCGUUCUAUAUCUCAGUCAUCAACUGACAGCUACAGCUCAGCGGCUUCAUAUACAGAUAGCUCGGAUGAUGAGACAUCCCCCAGGGACAAGCAGCAAAAGAACUCUAAGGGGAGCAGUGACUUCUGUGUCAAGAACAUCAAACAGGCGGAAUUUGGACGAAGAGAAAUUGAAAUUGCUGAACAAGAAAUGCCUGCACUGAUGGCUUUGAGGAAGAGAGCUCAAGGAGAAAAGCCUUUGGCUGGAGCCAAAAUUGUGGGUUGCACACACAUCACUGCUCAGACUGCUGUGCUUAUGGAAACUCUGGGUGCUCUGGGGGCACAGUGCCGCUGGGCUGCCUGCAACAUCUAUUCCACUCUUAAUGAAGUGGCUGCUGCUCUAGCAGAAAGUGGAUUUCCUGUCUUUGCCUGGAAGGGAGAGUCAGAAGAUGACUUUUGGUGGUGCAUCGAUAGAUGUGUGAAUGUGGAGGGCUGGCAACCAAACAUGAUCUUGGAUGAUGGAGGGGACCUUACUCACUGGAUUUACAAGAAGUACCCCAAUAUGUUUAAGAAAAUCAAGGGCAUAGUAGAGGAGAGCGUUACUGGAGUCCAUAGGCUGUACCAGCUGUCCAAGGCAGGGAAGCUAUGUGUUCCAGCCAUGAAUGUCAAUGACUCAGUCACCAAACAAAAAUUUGACAACCUCUACUGUUGCCGUGAAUCAAUUCUUGAUGGACUUAAAAGGACCACAGACAUGAUGUUCGGUGGAAAGCAAGUGGUGGUCUGUGGCUAUGGAGAGGUGGGGAAGGGGUGCUGUGCUGCUCUGAAAGCCAUGGGCUCCGUUGUGUACGUCACUGAGAUUGACCCCAUCUGUGCCCUGCAAGCCUGCAUGGAUGGGUUUCGACUGGUGAAAUUAACUGAGGUCAUCCGACAAGUGGACAUUGUUAUUACCUGUACAGGUAAUAAGAAUGUGGUAACCAGAGAGCACUUGGACCGUAUGAAGAAUAGCUGCAUCGUUUGUAACAUGGGACAUUCCAACACAGAGAUUGAUGUGGCAAGUCUGCGGACACCAGAACUGACCUGGGAGCGAGUGAGAUCCCAAGUUGACCAUGUAAUAUGGCCAGAUGGCAAGAGGAUAGUACUGCUGGCAGAGGGCCGUCUGCUGAACCUAAGCUGCUCUACAGUGCCUACAUUUGUGCUCUCAAUCACGGCUACGACUCAGGCUCUCGCCUUGAUUGAGCUCUACAAUGCCCCUGAAGGUCGCUAUAAGCAGGAUGUCUACCUGUUGCCCAAGAAAAUGGAUGAGUAUGUGGCGAGUCUACACCUGCCUACCUUUGAUGCCCACCUUACAGAGCUGACAGAUGAACAGGCCAAGUAUCUGGGACUCAACAAGAAUGGGCCUUUCAAGCCUAAUUACUACAGGUAUUAAGUUCCUGUAACUCAAGCCAGAAGAAGUUUCAAGGAGUAGAACUCCAAGUCUUUUCUCCACUACUAUACAGGAAAGGACCCAACAAGCUGCUUCUCCAAUCAGAGCUGCCUGCCGUGCUCACCCUAUAGACCAUGUGUUAGGUUAUUUAUUUAUUAAAAUCUAGAAUCCUGUGCCUGUA